GUACGAAACGCGAACUGUCAUGUGGGAUGUGUUAUCGGGCAACCCACUAAAUUUCCUUUUUAGUAAUUGAGCACAUGUAUAAUUUUAAAAUUCGUACAAACUUUUAUUUAUAUUUUUGUGACAUAGAAACCACAGCAAAAUGCAGGACCCGAAUGAAGAUACUGAAUGGAAUGACAUCCUUAGAUCCAAGGGGAUCAUUCCCCAGAAAAAAGAAACAGAAGUAACAGAGGAUCAAAUCGUGUCUAUGCUUGAAGAAACGAUUGAAGAAAAGACAGCAACUGGCAAAGAUUUCUCAAAACUUGACUUGGAUGAAUUGGACGAAUUGGAAGAUUCUGAAGAUGAGGGUGUUCUUCUAGAAUACAGGAAUAAGAGGAUAGCUGAAAUGAAAGCUCUAGCUGAACGCUCUAAAUUUGGAACUGUGGGUGAAAUCUCAGCACAAGAUUAUGUACUAGAAGUGAACAAAGCAGGAGAGGGAAUUUGGGUUGUGCUGCAUUUGUAUAAACAAGGAAUACCACUGUGUGCUUUAAUCAAUGAAUAUAUGAAACAAGUAGCUGCCAAAUACCCUACAGUGAAAUUUCUGAAGUCAAUUUCAACAACUUGUAUUCCUAAUUAUCCAGACAAGAAUUUACCAACAAUAUUUGUCUACUUUGAGGGUCAAAUGAAGGAACAAAUAGUGGGCCCUUUGGAAUUCAGAGGACCAAAUUUAACACAUGACGAGUUUGAAUACUUGAUUGGUAAAACGGGUGCAAUUGAAACUGACAUAAAAGAAGAUCCACGACCUGUAAUUAAGGACAAAAUGUUUGCAGAUCUGGCUAGCACUAAUGACUGGUAGAAAAUCAUACUAAGAAGUAGCAUUCUAUGCAGGCAUUGAGUACUUCAGAAUAAAGUUAAACUUUUAUAUUUAUUGUUAAUUUAUCAAAUAAACGAGUAUCAUGAGA